CGCGGACCCUCGCACAGAAUCGCAGCCGACAGUCAUCUUAAUCAUCUCUUACACUCUUUCAUUGCCCAUCAACACCAUCGUCCCCCUGCAGCCACUCUCGAUCGUCCCGCAAUCCACUUCUAGGCUUCCCUUUCUUCCCGCGUUCCUUCCCCACUCCUCCUUCUUGUUCCUGCUUUCUCCCUUCCGUAGUGCUGCCAAAGUAGCCAGCUAGCUAGACAGCCGACCAACCAGCUCGCCGCAAGCUGCAUCCACCUUUCGUAGCAUCUGCAACCAUGGCACAACACACAUCCCUCCCCAUGCAAUCCCUCUCCGUUGAUGGCAAGAACGGACUGGGUGGAGAUGAAAAGUACCAGCACGAUCCUAUCAACGGACAUGCUCGCCCGUCCGUCGGAACCCCCGGUCUCAGCGGAAUGGGACAAUCCACCUCGGGUCCUUCGGCUCACUCUUCCGGUAUCUUGCCUGGAGGUGGGGGAAAGGGAGAGAAGAAGAAGGUCCACCCUGCCGUCAUCAUUGCGCUUUGGAUUGCAUUGAGCUCAAGUGUCAUUGUCUACAACAAAUAUGUCCUUGACACCAAGACCGGGCUCGGCUUCCCCUACCCAGUCUUCCUCACUACAUUCCACAUGGCACUCAACACUGUCGGGACCCGCCUGCUAGCUAGGUAUACUCACCUUAUGGACGGCCUGCGCGACGUAGAGAUGACCUCGGAGAGGUGGUACAAGAACAUCCUGCCAAUCGGAGCUCUCUUCAGUGGAAGUCUAGUCAUGAGCAACAUGGCCUACCUGACAUUGAGCGUGUCUUUCAUUCAGAUGCUCAAGGCCUUCAUGCCCGUGGCAGUCCUCAUCAUUUCCUUUGCCUUUGGCCUGAAGCAGGUCAGCGCACCCCUCUUCGGUAUCGUCGGAGCCAUCUCCUUCGGUGUGGCUCUGGCCGCCUACGGAGAAAUCGAGUUCGCCAUGCAGGGUUUCAUCUGCCAGGUUCUCGCCAUCGGAUUCGAAUCCUCCCGUCUGGUCAUGGUGCAAGUCCUGCUGCAAGGGCUGAAGAUGGAUCCUCUGGUCUCCCUCUACUACUUUGCUCCCGUCUGCGCCGCCAUUAAUGCCUGCUUGAUCCCCUUCUCCGAGGGCUUCGCUCCCUUCUUCGACCUGGGCAAGCUCGGACCUUUCGUCCUGCUGACCAACGGAGGUGUAGCGUUCGCACUCAACAUCGCCGCCGUCUUCCUCAUCGGCGCUGCCAGCAGUCUGACAUUGACCUUGGCCGGUGUGCUCAAGGACAUUCUGCUCAUCCUUGGAAGCAUGUUCCUCCUAGGCUCCACCGUCACUGGUCUUCAGUACUUUGGAUACGCAAUCGCCCUGGCUGGUCUCGUUGCCUUCAAGACCUACAAGGGAUGA